AAUGAUUAUAAAUAUACCAAACGACGCGUGGCAUCGUUAAAAAGCCACAAGCAUUUUAAUAAUGUUUUCAUAUCUGUGCAAUUUCAAAUGUUAAUGAUAUUGAUUCCCUUUAAAUUUACAUGUAGUUUUCUUCAGUUUUGCACAGAGUUGCCUGCAUAAUUAUUGUAACAUGAAUCAAGAAUAUGAAAAGCGUUUAUUUCGCCAGCGGAACGGCCAAAACCCCAACGAACUCUCACGCAUUUCGACGCCUGUGAAAUCGCCUAUAAAGGAAGUGUAUGGCGAUCGCUUCAUUCCGUGUCGUGCUUCAAAUUCCUGGCAAGUGAAUUUUUCUUUACUGGAAAAUAGCAAAACAUCUGGUCAAAAUAAAAAAGCCAAAGAUACUAGCUCUGAUUGUUCUAAAGAUGGUGUUGCUUACAAUUGCUUAUUAAAAAACGAACUUCUAGGAACUGCAAUAGAAGACGUGAAGGAGCAAGUAGAAGAAAGAAAAGCAUUUACGCCAACUGACGGUAGGAAUACCAAUUUAUUCAACUAUCGAGUUUUGGACAAUUCCAUUAUCAAUGAAGCUUCUUCACCUUAUUCUUUAUCACCAGUCAGCAGUAAAAGUCAGAAAUUGUUAAGAUCUCCUAGAAAAGCUGCAAGAAAAAUUUCGCGGAUACCUUUCAAAGUUUUAGAUGCUCCUGAGUUACAAGAUGACUUCUAUCUCAACCUUGUGGAUUGGUCAUCUACAAAUGUUUUAAGUGUUGGCUUAGGGACUUGUGUCUAUUUAUGGAGUGCAUGCACCUCACAAGUUACACGUCUCUGUGAUUUGUCUGCUGAUGGAGACACUGUCACAUCUGUUUCAUGGGCAGAAAGAGGUCAUUUAGUAGCCGUUGGUACUCACAAGGGUUAUGUUCAAGUUUGGGAUGUUGGCGGCAAUAAAUGCGUUUCUGUCUUGGAAGGCCAUUCAGCUCGGGUGGGUGCCCUUGCCUGGAAUGGGGACAUUUUGUCUUCAGGGAGCCGUGAUCGACUAAUCUUGCAAAGAGAUGUCCGUACACCAUCCAUGACCCCAGAGCGGAGGUUAGGUGGGCAUCGGCAAGAAGUCUGUGGUCUCAAAUGGUCACCUGAUAAUCAACAUCUUGCAUCUGGAGGAAAUGACAACAAAUUAUAUGUUUGGAAUAUGAGCAGUUUGUCUCCUAUUCAGACUUAUACGGAACACUUGGCUGCUGUAAAAGCCAUUGCUUGGUCUCCACAUCACCAUGGCCUUUUGGCGAGUGGAGGUGGAACUGCAGAUCGUUGCAUUCGGUUCUGGAAUACAUUGACUGGACAACCAAUGCAAUGGAUUGAUACUGGCUCCCAAGUAUGCAAUCUAGCCUGGUCCAAACAUGCAUCUGAACUUGUAAGUACUCAUGGCUACUCCCAAAAUCAAAUUCUUGUGUGGAAAUAUCCAUCGUUAACCCAAGUGGCCAAACUAACUGGACAUUCCUAUCGAGUCCUGUAUCUAGCCAUGUCUCCUGAUGGAGAAUCUAUUGUGACUGGAGCAGGUGAUGAAACUCUUCGCUUUUGGAAUGUAUUUAGUAAAGCACGUUCACAAAAAGAAGCUAAAUCUGCAUUAAAUUUGUUUACAAGUAUUCGUUAGUAUAUAUGUAAUUUGGUCAAGAUUCAUUGCAGUACAUAGGGUUUUGUUCAUUUUAUGUGUUUGAAGUGAAGUAGGCACAAUUUAUCUUGUUGAGUGCACAUUUAAUCAUUAGUUUCAUUCAUAGUGAUUAGCACAAUCAAAUAAUACUGUAUUAUAAUCUAUUGAUUGCAUAUAAUCAUUUGUUGCAAUUUAUUUAUCAUAUUUCAACUAAUCUAUUAAUUUUUUUUUAUAAAAUCAGAAUAUUUUGUUUGAAUAUCUUAUUUUCAAUACAAUAUAAAUUUGAAUGUUUAUUAAAAGUUGAGUUUAUAAAAUAAUAGUUCCUAAAUUUUUUUUCAGUCAGAAUUUUUGUGAUUAUCUAUUACUGUUAAUUAUCACAUUUUUUUCUUUUAAGAUAUUGUUAUGACAU